UUUGUGCUCAGCACCAUCAGCAUAUGAUCUGAUAGCUCGGCGCCGAGGUAUCGUGGCUUGAGGCUGCCACUAGAACCUGACGGGAAGGUGUUAUCUGAUCGUGGUGUCGUCGCGCCUGAUUUCAUUUAUCUGAUUGCUAUUGCAAUUCCACGCCGGAACUAGCCUUGACCAUCGCACACGCCGGGCCAGAGUCGGCUGCAUGUACUUGCUUGCUGGACCGCUCCGCACAGCUUCUGGCUGACGAGACUCUCCCAUACCCAACGCCUCGGCCAAGAUGGCGUUGUCUUUGUCAAACUUUCUCUAUUCAUUACUCCUACUAGCCACCGCCGCCCAAUGUGCGACCGUCACAUACGACUUUGAUGUAGGCUGGGUGUAUGCGAAUCCAGACGGCCAGUACACGCGCCCAACCAUAGGAAUCAAUGGAAAAUGGCCCAUUCCACCAAUCGUCGCGACCAAGGGCGACCAGGUCAUUGUCAACCUCAAGAACUCGCUAGGAAACCAGUCUACAAGCUUGCAUUUUCAUGGGCUGUACAUGAAUGGCACGAACCAGAUGGAUGGCGUCGUUGGCGUUACCCAGUGCGGGAUCCCACCAGGCAGCUCAUUCACAUACAACUUCACGGUCAACCAACCGGGGACGUACUGGUACCAUAGCCACGAGCGCGCCCAGUAUCCAGAUGGCCUCCGCGGCGCGCUCAUUGUACGUGACCCAGAGAGUCCCUUCAAGGACAUGUACGAGGAGGAAGUCGUAGUGACGGUGUCAGACUGGUACCACGACUCCAUGACAAACCUCCUAGCAGAAUUCAUCAACAUUGCCAAUCCCUCGGGCGCAGAACCCGUUCCUCAAGCAGCGCUGUUCAAUGACACGCAAAACCUGACUGUCAGUGUGCAACCAGGAAAAACUUACCUCUUCCGCAUGAUCAACAUGGGCGCGUUUGCGGGACAAUACGUCUGGUUCCAAGACCACAACAUGAAGAUUGUCGAAGUCGACGGCGUAUACACUGAACCCGCGGACGCGAGUAUGAUUUACCUUACCGCAGCGCAGCGCUACAGUGUGCUCGUCACCACCAAGAACGACACCAAGUCCAACUUUGCAUUUGUAGGCAGCAUGGACGAGGUCAUGUUCGACAGUGUCCCAGAUGGGCUGAAUCCCAAUGUCACGGGCUGGCUCGUGUACGACAGCAAGCAGGCGUUGCCGGCGCCCAAGGAUGUUGAUUCGUUUGAGCCAUUUGACGACUUCAAGUUGGUGCCGUGGGACAAGGAAGAGGCUUUUGAUCGGGUCGAUCAGUCCAUCACGCUGGACGUCAAGAUGGAAAACUUGAUUGACGGGGCGAACUACGCCUUCUUCAACGACGUCACAUACGUCGCCCCCAAAGUGCCUACCUUGUACACUGCACUUUCGACUGGCCCCAAUGCCACAGACCCGAUUAUCUACGGUACCAACACCAACGCUUUUGUCCUGGGCCACAACCAAGUGGUAGAGAUUAUCCUCAACAACCAGGAUCCGGGCAAACACCCCUUCCACCUCCACGGCCACACAUUCCAGGUGCUCGCGCGCAGCGACAAAGACGCUGGUGAUUAUGACCCUGCCACAAGCCCCAGCACCGAUGCCGCUCGCCCGGCACAGCCCAUGCGGCGCGACACGAUCCUCGUACGGCCAAACGGCCACAUGGUGCUGCGGUUCCGAUCCGACAACCCCGGCGUGUGGCUCUUCCACUGCCACAUUGAAUGGCACGUUGCAUCUGGGCUGACAGCCACCAUGGUCGAGGCUCCGCUGGCGCUUCAGCAGCAACUUCUCGUUUCCUCGUCUCCCGCGUCGGCCGCAAAUAUCAGCACCGACAGUGUGAUUCCGCAGAGCCACUGGGACGCUUGCCGCGACAAGAAUGUGCCCACGCAGGGUAAUGCCGCGGGCAACACGCGCAACUAUGUCGAUCUCACGGGCGAGAAUAAGAGUCCUGGUAGGUUGCCCGCGGGCUUCCAGGCUAGGGGUAUUGCCGCGCUGGUUAUGAGUUGUGUUUCGGGACUGCUGGGUGUGGCGGUUAUUGCGUGGUAUGGUAUGUUGCCUAUUGGGGGAACUAAGUAG